AUGGAUGAAACCGGGUGCCCGACCGUGCCAACCAAACCUGUCAAAACCAUCGCGGGCAAAGAACAAAAGCAGGUCGGCUCAUCAACAUCUGCCGAAAAAGGCACCAAUGUGUCUUUGGCUUUGGCCGUCAGCGCUAGUGGCCAGUCUAUACCGCCAUUCUUCCUCUUUCCCCGAGUCAACAUGAAAGAGAUUUUUAUGACUCAUGCGAGUCAUGGCGCUGUUGGUGUUGCGAACGGUUCUGGUUACAUGAACUCUGACGUAUUCCCUCAAUUCAUGCGUCAUUUCAUCAAGCACACCGGUGCUAAUGCCGAUUCGCCAACCAUGUUGCUGCUGGACAACCACGGUUCGCAUUUAUCGAUCGAGGCGAUAGAUUUGGCGUUGGAUCAUAGCAUCACGUUGCUGUCUUUUCCGCCGAAAUGCACGCACAAAAUGCAGCCGCUAGAUGUUGCGGUAUUUGCACCAUUUAAAGGCAUGAUGACCGUGAAGCAUGAUGCAUGGAAAAAGUCCAACAUUGGUGUCACUUUCGAUCUGCAUCAUGUGCCGCUCCUUGUCGAUCAGUGCCUCGAUGUUAUGUUAACGCCGAAAACCAUCAAAUCCGGCUUCCGAACAACUGGCAUCUACCCGUUCAACCCGCAAAUUUUCACUGAAGUUGACUUUGUCGCUUCGGAACUGAGCGGCGAAAAUUUGUUCGGUGACGAAGAGAAAGACGCCGACAAUCAACGUCGAGUUCUUGCCUCUGGUGAUGCCAUUGUGACUGCUGCGAAUGAGGAGGUGUCAACGUCGGAGGCAUCGACAAGUGCCCCAGCUUCAACAAGUGGUGCUGCAUCAUCGUCGUUGUCUCUUGUUUCGGCUCCACAGCUCCGUGAUGCAUUGAAAUCGGUUGGCCCGUUGAAAUUGGGCACACCUGCGCCGAAAUCAAAACGUGGCCGCAAGACAAUGGAGUCAACGAUUUUGACAUCGCCUGAGGUUGUCGCAGAUCUGCGUGACAAGGCCGAAAAAAAGCGGCAAAAAUUGACGAAGGCAGCCGAUGAACCAGCAGCCAAGAAGCAAAAAGGCCGUGGCAAAUCGAAGACGCCACGGAAGAGAAGCCCGUCUCCGACCGAAACCGACAUCGAAGAGGACUUCGAUUUUUGCACGAUUUGCAAGAAAAAGAUGCCGAAGCACGAGAAUCGUCAAAACACGGCCCAUUGCAUCGUUUGUGAUCGAGGGGUUCACUUGAAAUGUGCCGGACCGAACCCGAACACUUACACCUGCAUCCACUGCGAGUCGGAAUAA